AUGUCCAAGCGCUAUGAAGACGCCCUGAAUGUUUACCCCGAUUCUCUACGGUUCGUUAAGCAGCUCAAAGAAUCGGAGGCUUCCUCAAUAUUUGAAAUAGAGAUUCAAGAUAAACGCUAUGCGAUGAAAGUGUUUCAUGACAACGGUGACCCUGGAUUUGCCAAAAAUGGCCGUGGACUUGAACCGUUUUCGCUACGAAUUGAACGCUUACAGGAACCUCUCUUCGUUUGGCGUAUGCGAGCGUAA